UUUUUUGGUUGAAGUACAAUGCUAUUUCUAGUUAGGCAGGUGAGAAAUAUUGGUAGUUUUAGUUAAUUACUUUUUCUAAGAUAGAUUUAACCAUUUAACUUUUUGCUUACAUGUUUGACAAUAGGUGGUUUGUGUGAAGAUUUGUGUGCUAGUCAUGGUCCAAUGAGCUUGGGAGAGCUGGAGUUGCUGCCAAAUGCAAACCCUGUUCUUCCCACAAUACUUCUUACAACUCAAGAAAAUGAUGUUAAUUUACCAGAAGCAGCUGAAGAUUUUUCUCAGUAUCAACAAAAGCAAGUCCAGGAUGUUAAGCAAGCUGAAUACAAACAAGCUGUACAAAGUCAUUUAAUACAUGUAAGAAAUAAAUGUGACAUUUUACUUUCACAACAAGGUGGUGAAGCAGUGCCACUCUUCACUUCGCAAACAUCACCUACCAAGAUGUCCGUGAUGCUGCCCUCCACACACUUGGAGAAUGACUCUCAGUCUCUGAGCAUCAGCACUGCACAGGGGGAUAUGGAGUCCUCAGGGACAGACACCUUCUGAGCGGGAAGUGAGAAACCAGCAGUGUGUUCAUGAGGGCUUAAAACCAUCUCUCAUUCUGAA